AUGUCUAGAAAAAAGGUGGAACUAGUAUACAAAGAAAAUGACUCUGCUAGAAGAACCACGUUCACAAAAAGAGCACCAAGCUUGAUAAAAAAGACACGUGAAAUAAGUGUCUUGUGUGAUGUAGAUGCGCUUGCCAUCAUUUAUGGACAAGAAGGCCAAACCCCUGUAGUUUGGCCUCCGUCGAAGGAAGACGUGCGAAGGAUCAUAUCCAAGUAUUUAUCAAAGCCGGAAAUAGAUCAAGCUCAGAGGCGUUUGGAUCAACAAGCGUUUUUGGAACAAACUAUUAAAAAGAGAACGGAGCAGAUGAAGAGAAUCCAGAGAAAGAAUAGAGAAAUUAAAAUAGAAAAUCUUUUGAAUGACAUUAUGCAUGGCAGAUCUACGCUCGAGCAAGUCUCGCCUAAUGAUUUGGGCAACUUGCUAUUGGUGUUAGAGGAUAAGUCAAGCUCUUUCGCAUACCAAAUAAGGGUUUUGACCGAAGGAAAUAACAAUAAUCCACCUCCUCCUAGCACAAAUUCCAAUGAUGUUAAUAAUCCCAUUUAA